AUGGCACAUGGCGAAUUAGAGUCUAUUGCCUAUGCUAAGAGGAAGAAAGAGGUGACCAUGAUUGCCAGCAUUCUUAUAUCAGCAAUUCUCGGGAUGACUGUUUGGUGUGUCGUUAGCUGGUAUAUAUUCAAUUUUAAGGUUGCCAAGAGGCAAGCUCAAUUAGAAAACAUGAUUUACAUAGAACCUGCAGGAGGUGGGGAGGAUGAUCAAGAUGUAACAUUAUUUAAUAUAAGCGCGAUUUCUGCUGCUACAAAUAAUUUCUCCCUGGAUAAUCAGAUUGGACAAGGAGGUUUCGGUCCUGUUUAUCAGGGUCAAUUUCCAGAUGGACAGAAUAUUGCUGUAAAGAGGCUAUCACAGAAUUCGUAUCAAGGGAUCCAAGAAUUUAAGAAUGAAGUCACGUUGAUUGCACAACUUCAGCAUCGAAACCUUGUUAAACUUUUGGGAUGCUGCAUUCAAGGAGAAGAAAGAAUGCUAGUCUAUGAGUACAUGCCUAAUAAGAGUGUUGACCAAUUUAUAUUCGAUGAAGCCAGGAAGAUAUUACUGCCUUGGGAGAAGCGCUUUGAUAACGAGAUGAAUCCCAAAAUAUCUGACUUUGGUCUAGCAAGGAUUUUCGAAAAUGAGAGAGAGGAAACUACUAGGAGAGUGAUUGGAACACAUGGUUACAUGUCACCAGAGUAUGUGAUGGAUGGCCACUACUCGAUGAAGUCAGAUGUGUACAGUUUUGGUGUUUUAGCAAUAGAGAUUAUAAGUGGCCAAAGGAAUUGGGGUUUCCAUCAUCCGGAUCAUGAGCAUAAUCUUCUUGGUCAUGCAUGGGCAUUGUGGAAAGAGGGACGCGCUUUGGAACUGAUGGAUCCAUUUUUAGAAGAGUCAUCUAAUGAGACUAAAAUUUCUCGAUGCAUCCAAGUUGGCCUGUUGUGUGUCCAGCAUCGGGCCGAAGGAAGGCCAACAAUGUCUGAAGUGGUUUCCAUGCUACAGGACGAGCAUGGAAUAUUAGCUGAACCUGGAGAACCAGGAUUCUUUAGAAUAAGGUCUUUCAGGUGGACUGUUCCUGCGUCAUGGGACUUAAAUGACAGUGUCAAUGGUUUGACAGUAACAACUUUAACAGGUAGACUAUAA